AUGAUCGACCUUAAAGAACGGUUGUGCUUCUAUUGUCGACGAGACAAUGAAAACGACGAAGCAAAUAACAUACUUUGGCCAGCAGUCGUUUACAAAAACUUGGAGGAAUAUUUUUUGCAUCUGCAGGACGAAAUGUCUGUAGAAGUCAAGUCCAAGAUUGCUCUAGAUAUGAUAUCUUCGCACAGGACAGGAGGAAGGGAUGUGACCAUUCUUCGUCCUCUUGGAAACAAAUCGCUGCUUGAAUACGUUAAGUCGGUUGAAGGCAAGAAUGAAUAUCACGAUUACACAUUAUCCAUCUGCUGUACCUUGCCACAACAUGGCGACAAUCCGAAUGACUUCACAAGUGACCAAGAAUACCUUGAAUUCAUGGAUGCCCUCGGCGAGUCUGAAGAGAUCCUUCGUGGCCCCGAACGCCCUAGCAAUGAACCCAGCUGGAGAGAGUACGGUCUGAGAAUUCUCCGACAACGAGAAAGCCGCAACCUCAGUGGCCAAGCCGCAAGCGUCAACAACGAUAUCAACAUGGCAGAAGCGAACAUUGCAGAGGAUAGAGAAGACAGUGGCACUGAAAAGGAAAUCCGUGCCAUUGAUUUUCAAGAAGCUGCAACACCAAAGAACUAUGCUCAAGCCUCACCAGCAACUGCAACCCCAGUAGCAGCGAAGCCUGCAGCUUCUCAAGACACCCACAUGACCGAGGCAUCAGAACCCGUCUCUGAAGAAUUCGAGACAGAUUCCCAUUCUAUAGAAAUGGAAGAAGAUGCAUCUUGUGCUGUUUCUGAAGCUCCUGUGUUAACACAAACAUCUGAUGUCAACGUAGCGGCCAGAACUCCUCGAAGGCACAACCACUCAUCUUCCUCCGCUACUGUCGUUUCGACUGAUACAUAUGACGACCACAGUACCGUAGCAAGUGAAGGCCAUACUCCCACACGACAGGAUCCGUGGCCCUUUGUCCAGCCAGCUUUGAACGAAUCCAUGAAUGCCAAAGACAUACAAUUUCAGUUGACAAUGGUUGGUUGGGAAACGAUGGUAAUUGGAAAGAAAAAAUUCCACACGUUUCCAGGAGUUGACAUGAAUAAUUUUAAACCGGGCAAAAAUGCAUUCCUCCUCGAGAACCUCGUCAAUUUUGUAAAGAAGAACAACUACUUUCGGAACAGACAGGAAUUCUUCAGUCCAUCUUCCGAAGCCAAGCCGGUUGAAACACCACAUAAGGUGGCAAGAAAAAUCGACGGUGAGCAUGAGCAAGAAGAUCCUCCUGUAUCCCCAAUGCAUCCGGCGCCAAUACCCAAACGUAGCAACAAGACACAAUCCAAGCCUUCCACCAACAAACAACCCAAGAAAGCACGCGCCACCAAAAAAGGAACUACUUCACCGAAGCACCAACGUGGACCCCAUAGACAGCCCCAGGCGAUGAAAAGCUCUCGCCGCAGUCCUCGAGGUUCGAGCCUUGUCACACCAGUGAAGCCUAAGCAAUUGACUUCCGAUCCAUUCUACAAAUUCUCCGAUUUGAUAAAGAUUUUGCGGAAGAAAUUCGGUUGGAAGUAUCACGGAGGCAGUUUGGAGUCGAAUUGGUUGUACGUUCGGGGCGAUUCUGAAUUAGGGAAAACAGGGAAACAUGGGGAUGAUUACUUUCAAGAAGAGUGGGAAGUGGUUGAGUACUGCCUCAAGCACAACUACAAACAAAAAUACGAGUGCUUGGAGAAACAACAGCAAGAGGAGGACGAAGAAGAAAAGACCGCAGAAAAUGUCGCGGAAGAUCCCAAUUUCAAAACGCCUCCACCCACCAGGCGCAUGGUUGGAGCAUCGCAGUAG